AUGAAGCUUUUCGGGUGUUUUGAGAAGAAAUUCAAAGUGACUCCUCAUCAAAAGCUUAAAUGCUUUCAUGUUAUCAAUUUAAUAUUCUUUACAUCUGGUGCUGGAGCGCUUGCCGUUGGAAUUUGGCUCUAUAUCUCUAGGAAUGAUUUCAUCGAGCUCACACCAAUGUCAUACUCAGCUUUAUCAUCGGCGGGAUUAAGCACCUUCACCGGGACAACAAUUUGCAUUAUAUCUAUUGUAGGAUUCUCAGCAGUGGUUCUGAACAGGACAGCUCUUCUCUAUGCGUAUAUUGCAUUUGUAAUGUUUCUGACAUUCAUUCAUUCCGUCACUAGAGGCACUAGCUUCUUUAGCCGUGCUGAAUCUCGAGAGAAUUUACGAGGGGAACUUCUGAACAAAAUCAAUCGAACCUACGUUAUAACAAAAAUGGGGAGAAAGCUGAAGCUUCAAGUUACCUGGGAUCACUUACAAAGAACCAUGAAAUGCUGCGGCGUUGAUACCUAUGAAGAUUGGUUUUACACUACACAAUGGCCAAAUAACGAAUUUGUACCAGAGAGCUGCUGUAAUGCGACAAUGUUCGAAUCACAAGCUGCUAUGAAAAACUGUGGAAAACUGCCUGAUCAAACUGAUAAUCUUUAUCAAAAUGGAUGCUUUGAACCAUUUGCUGACUGGCUGUUUCAUCACAUUACUGUGUUCAAUUGGUUAACAAGCAUUCUUCUUGUUAUUGAGGUUAUUACUGUUAUCUCUGGUAUUACCGUCUUGAUUCUUAUGCGAAAGGAGCGGAAGAACAGCGAACGGCGACGGCAACAGCGCAUGCAAGCGUAUGAAGCAAAUGAGCAACUUCAAUUAAACCCAUUCGAUCGGAUAGGUGAUGCAUCAAUAGAUCCCGAUAUUGUAAUGCCCGAUGACGCUAUUAGCAUUGAUUCCAGGUAG